AUGAAGAAACAGUUGUGGUGGGAUCUAAUCUGGCAAAUCCACAAGAAAUCAUGUGCCAAGUUGACUAAUAAACCUCGGAAAGUGUUUGAUUCAACCAAACAAAGAGCUGCAGGAACUGAGAUCUCUUAUAAACAGAUGAAGACAGCCCAGAAAAAGGUUGUGGCACCACCUAAAAGUAACUGGAGAGCUCAACAUGAAGAUUUUGUAAAUACUGUACGGGCUGCUAGAGGGGUGACUGAGGCUAUGAAAUCAGGAAAACCUCUCCCCCCUCCCCCACCAGCUUCUAUUAAUCCUGACUAUAUCCAGUGUCCGUACUGUGAGAGACGCUUCAAUUCCAAGGCAGCUGAGAGACAUAUUGGAUUCUGUAAAGAACAACAUGCUAGAAAGGGAAAUAAACCUAAUGCCAUUGCUAAAAAACCUCCUUCAUCUAGGAUGCAACCCCCUAAAGCUGGUAUGGCCAAACCUUCACCAACUGGUCCCCCUGGUGGUAAUAGAGCCCCAGCCUCUAGGAUUCCUGGAACUACUCCUGCUAGAACUCCAGGCAGUACUGGCACCCCUGGUAGAACUCCUGGCACCACUGGCACCCCUGGAAGAACACCUACCACUUCUGCUGGCAGAGGGAAGACUUCGCGAUUUUGUCACGAUUGUGGAACCAAGUAUCCCGUUGUCACAGCGAAAUUUUGCUGUGAAUGCGGGAUACGAAGGAUUGCGCUUACGUGA